AUGUCGGAUAUACAGUCCGCUGGAAUAACAUCAAAUAUAUCUGGCUUUCCUCAGAAUGAAAACUGUGGUACUAUAGAAAUCCCAUUGCGCGGUGGUGAUGAAGUUAUUGAACUUGAUAUUAACGCAUUGCCUGAAAGCGAUGAAGUCGUUAGUAUUCUUUUGCAAGAAGUGGCCCCACUGCCUGUUUGGAUCAAUAUUGCACUCGCUUACUAUAAAAAGAAAAACUAUGACGACUUUGAAAAAGUUCUUGAAGAAGCGAAACAAAACGUAUCUACUCUUACUCCAUAUAAUGAAAAUGAUUUCCUUCAACUUCUAGACAUGCUUGCUAACUACUGUGGGAGAAAAGCUUCAAAAGAGUCCAACAAGGAGAAGCGUACUCAGCUCAUCUCUAGAGCAGCAACUCUCUUUACUUCAGCCGAUCGAAUAGCAAUGUAUGAUCAAAAACAUCUUUUAGGACGCGCUUUUUACUUCAUCUACGAGGGUGAAAAGUGGAGUCAUGCUGACAGUCAGUUAAAUUUCGUCUUAAAUCAAGGAAAUCCCUGCAUUCAGGCCUAUUUGGGCAAAGCCUGUAUAGCUUUCAACAAGCAGGAAUACAAAAACGCCCUUUUAUUCUAUCGGAAGGCUCUAAUGCUCCAUCCAAAUGCAUCACCAACUAUUCGUGUUGGAAUUGGACAUUGCUAUGCUCGUCUUGGUAACGUACAGAAAGCACGACUCGCAUUUCAACGAGCUCUAGACUUGGAUCCUGAAUGUGUUGAUGCUUUAGUUGGCUUGGCUAUUCUGGAUCUUAAUGAAAAAACCCAAGAAUCUAUCAAACAAGGCGUUCAAAAAUUGUCUCGAGCCUACAAUAUUGAUUCGACAAAUCCCAUGGUUUUAAAUCAUCUCGCCGAUCAUUUUUUCUACAAGAAAGAAUAUGAGAAGGUUCACAAACUCGCUACUCACGCCUUCCAUGGUACAGAGAACGAGGCGAUGAGAGCCGAGAGUUGUUACCAAAUGGCUCGGGCUUUCCACGUUCAAGAGAACUAUGAUAAAGCCUUCCAGUAUUAUUACCUCGCUACACAAUUCGCUUCUCCAAACUUUUUGCUCCCUUUCUAUGGUCUCGGGCAAAUGUAUCUCCACCGAAAGGACCUCGAGCAUGCUGCGAUAUCUUUCGAGAAGGUUCUUAAAGCAUAUCCAAAAAACUAUGAGACGUUGAAAAUCCUGGGAAGCCUCUAUGCGCAGUCCAAUAAGUUAGAUAAACAGGCACAAGCGAAGCAACUCUUCAAACAAGUAACGGAGAGCCAACCCGAUGACGUUGAGGCGUGGAUUGAAUACGCCCAGCUCCUUGAAAAUGAUGUUUCAGAGGCUCUUAAUGCCUACCUUAAUGCUCUCACCAUCCUCGAUAAUGUUCAGUUGGACGUAUCUCCGGAGAUUCUAAACAAUAUUGGUGUUCUUUACUUCAUGAAAGGUGACUUUAACAAAUCUGAGCUAUUCCUCACCCGUGCGCUCGAUCGCAUUCGUGAAGAACAGCUACAAGAUGUCAUAGGUGACGAAGAUGGUGACAAAGAAAGCACAGACCGAGUCGCAUCUCGUUUGAAGCCUCCCGCACCACUUGUGAGCACAGUUACAUCCAAUGCAAUUCUGGAGCUGCAUCGUCGUACUGCCGAAUCGACCAGCACCGGUUCUAUUGAUAACUACUAUCACGAUCUUACCAUUACAGUCCGGUACAAUCAGGGUCGUCUUCAUGAGGCCAAAAAUCGUUCUGACUUGGCUGAGGAAAUUUACAAAUCCAUCCUCCUGCAGCAUCCUGCCUAUGUCGACUGUUAUUUGCGUCUGGGCUGCAUUGCUCGAGAUAGGGGUCAACUUCGGGAUGCGUCUUUAUGGUUCCGUGAGGUGCUUGAUGUGAGUCCUGACCACCCUGACGCCUGGAGUCUGUUGGCACAACUUCAUUUGACUGUGGGAGAAGUGGAGGCUGCUCAACGCAAGCUCGACCACAUCAUUCGUCAGCCCAAGUAUCUUGCCGAUGCUUACUGCCGUAUUACUCUUGGAAAUGUUUGGCUACGCUCACUCCACCAUCAUCACCAACGAUCCUCUGCCAAUGGAGCUCUGGCUCGUGAGAACAAGGAUCGCCGUAAACGUCACGAGGAACGAGCACUGUCUUGCUACAAGGUCGUGCUGAGCGCUGAUCCUCGUAACAUCUGGGCUGCGCAUGGAAUCGGCUGUGUUCUCGCCCACAAGGGCUUCAUUAAUGAGGCUCGCGACGUUUUUGCCCAGGUACGCGAGGCUACAGCGGACUUCCCGGAUGUUUGGAUGAACAUUGCCCAUGUCUAUAUCGAGCAAAAACAAUUCACGGCAGCCAUCCAAAUGUACGAAAACUGUAUUCGUAAGUUCAAAAAGGAUAAUGACACUGAGCUUCUACUUUAUUUGGCUCGUGCAUACUUCAAAGCCAAUCAGCUAAAGGAGUGUAAAUCUGUACUUUUGAAGGCUCGACAUGUAAAACCAUGGGAUCCUCUGUUAACUUUCAAUUUGGCUCUUGUGCAAAAACGAAUGGCUGUUUUGGUGCUGAAAGAUGAGGCUAGCAGUUUUGCGGCCGUCUGUGAAGCUAUCUCUGAUCUCAGCAUGGCUCGAUGUACAUUUGAGUAUCUUUCGAAGUCUAGUGAAAUUGUUCACCAGUCAGUGUCCCUGGAGGAGGCUCAAGCCUGUCAGGAUCUUCUGAGUCAAGCCAAAUACCAUCUUGAUCGUGCAAAGUCACGUGAGGAACAGGAGCGCUUGUUCCGUCAACGACAGGAGGAAGAUCGUGAGGAGCAGAGACGAAAGCAGGCCGAACUUCAAGCCCAGGAAGAGGCCCUUCGUCUGGAACGUGAGCGGCAGAAAGAGGAGACUCGGGAAUUAUUGCUCGAAAAGGCCAAACAGCUCACUUUCACAACAGCUUUGGCAGCGAAUGAGGAGAAGCGACGCAAGAAUGGAAAGAGACGGUUGGAUGCUGAUGGCGAAUUUAUAGACGAUGGAGAUAACAGCAGCUUUGAUGAUAAUCCUGAAGGACUAGGUGGUGAUGAGAAAGUGAAGACGAAACGCUCUUCCACAAAGAGAGCCCGAACCUCUGAGCCGAAGCGUCAGCGAAAGUCUACUGCCAGUGCCAGUCAUCAUAAGCAUCGUGAUGAGGAAAAGUUUGCAGCGUCCCGUCAGCGGGGUCGUGUUGUGAGCAAAGCUAUGAUCAGUGAUGAAGAUACUUCAUCUGGAAGCUCCAGUGAAGAUGAUGAAGCAAGGAUUAGACUCCAGAAGCUGGCUAAAGUGCGGGAGGAAGAGGGGGAGGAACCAGAACCAGAGCAGCAUGUGGCGUUGGGCUCCCUCAGUGACAACACUUCGGACGAAGAUUAUCUUCGUCGAGACACAACAAUAAAGCGUGGAAGCGGUAGAAAGAGGCGCGCCGCUCGUAGUCGCAGCAGUAGUAGCAGUAGCAGUCACGGUGUUGCAGACAAUAUUUUCGGUGACAGUGGAGAUGACAGUGGUAGUGACAAGGAGGUGGCGAACCAAAACGCAGGAACGGUUAAGAGAGCUCGUCUCCUUGAUAGUGAUAGCGAAUAA